UGUGUUUAAUAUAAGUUACUUAGUUGUGAGCUUGUAUAAUUUAAUUUUUGAUGAUAGCAGUGUUUAAAGGUGACUGGCAACAUUUCUAAGCAUUCCUCAAUUGUUCCAUUGAGCCCGUUUUUCAGAUAAGGGAUCUGAGACACGGAAAGGUUAAGCAACUUGUUCAAGGCCGCAGAGCUAAUCUGUCUACUGCUCCAAAAUGUAUCCCCAGAGUCAAUAAAUGUACAGUAAAUAAAUACACACUUAAUAUUCUUUAAAAACAUAAGAGGGAAACAUUUUAACAUUAAAGGCAUACAUACGAGGAAGUCAAGAUCUCUUUAAAAUUCGCUCACAAUCCUGGUAAGAUAAGGGCCAUCACUUGAUUACUUUGAGCAGCCCUGCAUGCCUUUACAAUUCACCUGCUACCACAGGAGACACUGCCCAACCCUUGGAAAGUUUGAGAGACCCCGCCUUCCGUCGUCUCGCCCCGACUCGCCGCGAGGCUUCUUGGGAAUGGUAGUCCCCAGUCUUGCAGCUCCGGCAUCCGCAGUGAGCAUCCACAGCCCGCGGAACUACCCAGCGCGGCUCCCAGGUCGCGAGGCUCUUCCGCCUUUCCCUCCUUGCCCUCCUGCGCGCCCGCCCCAGCGAUCAUGGCGGCUCCCUUGGCCCUGGUGCUGGUGGUGGCCGUGACCGUGCGGGCGGCCUUGUUCCGCUCCAGUCUCGCCGAGUUCAUCUCCGAGCGAGUGGAGGUGGUGUCCCCGAUGAGCUCCUGGAAGAGAGUGGUUGAAGGCCUCUCAUUGUUGGACUUGGGAGUAUCUCCAUAUUCUGGAGCAGUAUUUCAUGAAACUCCAUUAAUAAUAUACCUCUUUCAUUUCCUGAUUGACUAUGCUGAAUUGGUAUUUAUGAUAACCGAUGCCCUCACUGCCAUUGCCCUGUAUUUUGCAAUCCAAGACUUCAAUAAAGUUGUGUUUAAAAAGCAGAAACUCCUCCUAGAACUAGACCAGUAUGCCACAGAUGUGGCCGAACUCAUCCGAACCCCUAUGGAAAUGCGUUACAUCCCUUUGAAAGUGGCCCUUUUCUAUCUCUUAAAUCCCUACACGGUCUUGUCUUGUGUUGCCAAGUCUACCUGCGCCAUCAACAACACCCUCAUUGCUUUCUUCAUUUUGGCCACGAUAAAAGGUAGUGCCUUCCUCAGCGCUAUUUUUCUUGCGUUAGCAACAUACCAGUCUCUGUACCCACUCACCUUGUUUGUCCCAGGACUCCUCUAUCUUCUCCAGCGGCAGUAUAUACCUGUGAAAGCGAAGAGCAAAGCCUUCUGGAUCUUCUCUUGGGAGUAUGCCGUGAUGUACGUGGGAAGCCUAGUGGUAAUCGUUUGCCUCUCCUUCUUCCUUCUCAGCUCCUGGGAUUUCAUUCCUGCAGUCUAUGGCUUCAUACUUUCUGUUCCAGAUCUCACUCCAAACAUUGGUCUUUUCUGGUACUUCUUCGCAGAGAUGUUUGAGCACUUCAGCCUCUUCUUUGUAUGUGUGUUUCAGAUCAACGUCUUCUUCUACACCAUCCCCUUAGCCAUAAAGCUAAAGGAGCACCCAGUCUUCUUCAUGUUUAUCCAGAUUGCCAUCAUCUCCAUCUUUAAGUCCUACCCAACAGUGGGGGAUGUCGCCCUCUACAUGGCUUUCCUCCCUGUGUGGAACCACCUCUACAGAUUGCUGCACCCAAGGUCCACAGAAGACAGAUGGCGACACUGGACUUCCUGCCUACUCUGAAGACCUUCAGGCUCUGACCAUCCCCUCAUCAGACGAUGGCAUAGCAGUGAUCUAGUUGUGCUUCCUGGGUGCCCCACGUUUCCCUCUAUUGGGCUUGUUGCACUCUGUGCAGGUUCUUUUCAGUAUCUGUGCGUUCCCUUAGGGUACGUUCAUGACUCACCUCUGUGCCCCAGCACUCAGGAUCAGACCUGACACACAGAACAACUUAGUGAAUGUUGGUAGAUGGUUUUUUUAAGCCUCCCUAGUAAAGAGGCAGAACAACACUUGAUUCUCUAAACUAAAAUGUGAAGGAGCUGCGAACUUUACAUGCCUACAGUGGGUGCACAGCAAGGUAUCAAGAGUGAGAUCCGCCAGGGCACAGCUUCAGAGGAAGUGAGUCUUUGUUAUUGUUUUGGGGCUGUCUGGGUGUUAACAGGGAAGUGAAGCUGACCAGCUGCCAAAAAGAAAUCUACCUUUAAUAGAGGGCCUCUGAGCAAAGGUGUAAACAGCUGAGUGGGCGGGCCAACCCAGGGCUGCUCUCGCAGGUGGUGGCCUGUGGGGCAGUGACCAAUUCAUCCUGAAUGGAAGGAAGAAGUGGUGUCUUCUGCAGUGGCAUCCUCACUGUAUAGACAGUCACCCAAUCUAGUGGGCUCAGAGUCAGCUUGGGGCUAAGUGGCCAGUGAUAAGUUACAAAGCUGCCAAAUGUGAACAUAACCCCCCUUUUUUAGAGGGUUGGUCUUGGAGACAUUGAUCCUCUUUCCCCAAAAGUAGAGUAGAUUUUUUUCUUAGCUGUGUGUUCCACACAGGGUAUUUCUCUCCCUUGGUUAAUAAUUUUUCAUCCCAUACUGCUGAACACAGUCUAGAGUCAGACCAACUUGAAUCUGAAUCCUGGCUUUCUCAUUACUAGCUAUAUAUUUUAAGCAGAUCUUUUAACCUUUUUGAGCCUCCGAUUUUUUCAUCUGUCAAAUGAGUACAGUAUCUUUCAUGGGUGUUUUAAGUUUGAGAAAGAAUAUGUGUAAAUAGUACUGCAGUUAUCAUCAGUAAUAAUAUGCAGGAAGGUGUCCUGCGUGGUUCCAUGAUCAAAGCUUCAGUCUUCAUAGCCAGAGUCAUUCGGAGUCAUUGAAAUAAACAUACUUUUCAAAA